AUGCACAAGCGCCGAGGCGCUCGUUUGGCGCGCGCGCUCUAAGCUGUCGGUCUGAGCUGGGUUGUUGGAUUUUCUCUCUUUUCUUCUUGGUUUUUUACUUUUUCCAGACGCUGGUGUCUCCGAAGCACGACAUGCCGUCUUCUUUACUGGGCUCGGCGAUGCCGGCCUCCACGUCGGCCUCAGGCUUGCAGGAAGCCCUGGAAAAUGCAGGGCGGCUCAUCGACCGUCAGUUGCAAGAAGACCGCAUGUACCCGGACCUUUCCGAGCUUCUCAUGGUGUCUGCCCCAAAUAAUCCCACUGUUUCUGGCAUGUCAGAUAUGGAUUAUCCUCUACAAGGACCUGGUUUGCUGUCAGUACCCAACCUUCCAGAGAUCAGUUCCAUCCGAAGAGUUCCUCUCCCACCUGAACUUGUUGAACAGUUUGGACAUAUGCAGUGUAACUGCAUGAUGGGCGUGUUUCCUCCUAUCAGCAGAGCUUGGCUCACAAUCGACAGUGACAUAUUCAUGUGGAACUAUGAAGAUGGAGGAGACCUUGCCUAUUUUGAUGGACUUAGUGAGACCAUUCUUGCUGUGGGACUUGUGAAACCAAAACCUGGCAUCUUUCAACCUCAUGUACGACAUCUCCUGGUUUUGGCAACCCCCGUGGAUAUAGUGAUUCUUGGACUUAGCUAUGCUAAUUUACAAACAGGUUCUGGGGUUCUUAAUGACAGUAUGUGUGGUGGAAUGCAGUUGCUUCCAGAUCCCUUAUAUUCUCUUCCCACUGAUAAUACUUACCUUUUAACAAUAACUUCCACUGAUAAUGGCAGAAUUUUCUUGGCUGGAAAAGAUGGCUGUUUAUAUGAAGUAGCAUACCAAGCAGAAGCAGGUUGGUUUAGCCAAAGAUGUAGGAAAAUAAACCACUCAAAGAGUGCACUUUCUUUCCUUGUUCCUUCAUUGCUACAAUUCACAUUCUCAGAAGAUGAUCCUAUUGUUCAAAUUGCAAUUGAUAAUUCUAGAAACAUUUUAUAUACACGUUCUGAGAAAGGAGUAAUACAGGUAUAUGAUUUGGGCCAGGAUGGACAAGGAAUGAGCAGAGUUGCCUCAGUUUCACAGAAUUCUAUUGUCUCUGCUGCUGGAAACAUUGCUAGGACCAUAGAUCGUUCUGUUUUUAAGCCAAUUGUUCAGAUAGCAGUGAUUGAAAAUUCUGAAUCACUGGACUGUCAAUUAUUGGCAGUCACACAUGCAGGUGUAAGGUUGUAUUUCAGCACUUGUCCAUUCAGACAACCAUUAGCACGACCUAAUACGUUGACACUGGUUCAUGUCCGCUUACCUCCUGGAUUCUCAGCAUCUUCAACAGUGGAAAAACCUUCAAAAGUACAUAAAGCUCUUUACAGUAAAGGCAUCCUACUGAUGGCAGCUUCAGAAAAUGAAGAUAAUGACAUCUUGUGGUGUGUCAACCAUGAUACAUUUCCUUUCCAAAAGCCAAUGAUGGAAACCCAGAUGACAACCCGUGUUGAUGGUCAUUCCUGGGCUCUUUCUGCAAUAGAUGAAUUGAAAGUAGAUAAAAUAAUUACACCCUUAAAUAAGGAUCAUAUUCCAAUAACUGACUCACCAGUUGUAGUACAGCAGCACAUGUUGCCUCCAAAGAAAUUUGUUCUCCUCUCAGCACAGGGAAGUCUUAUGUUUCAUAAACUUAGACCUGUAGAUCAACUGAGGCAUCUACUUGUGAGUAAUGUGGGUGGAGAUGGAGAAGAGAUCGAAAGAUUCUUUAAAUUACAUCAGGAAGACCAGGCUUGCGCAACCUGCCUUAUCCUUGCUUGUUCCACUGCUGCCUGUGAUAGAGAAGUAUCUGCAUGGGCCACUCGGGCUUUCUUCAGGUACGGUGGGGAAGCACAGAUGAGAUUUCCAACCACUCUUCCUGCUCCAAGUAACGUUGGUCCCAUCUUGGGGUCUCCUGUCUACUCUAGUUCUCCUAUUCCUAGUAGUAGUCCUUACCCAAAUCCAUCAUUUUUGGGAACACCAUCUCAAGGUGUACAUCCUCCUGCCAUGUCAACUCCAGUGUGUAUCUCAGGAAACCCAGCAACUCAGGCUGCAAGUAUGAGUUGUAUGGCUGCACCAGAGAUUGUGUACUCUGGAAAACACAAUGGUAUUUGCAUUUACUUUUCUCGAAUCAUGGGAAAUAUCUGGGAUGCUAGUUUAGUUGUGGAGAGAGUAUUCAAGAGUGGCAACAGAGAAAUCACUGCAAUUGAAAGUAGUGUUCCCUCCCAGCUGUUGGAAUCAGUGCUGCAAGAACUAAAAGGUUUGCAAGAGUUUCUAGACAGAAACUCCCAAUUUGCAGGAGGACCCUUAGGAAAUCCAAAUACAACUGCCAAAGUGCAGCAAAGGCUGAUAGGAUUCAUGCGUCCUGAAAAUGGAAAUACCCAGCAGAUGCAACAGGAGCUGCAAAGGAAGUUUCAUGAGGCUCAACUGAGUGAAAAGGUUUCACUUCAGGCAAUCCAGCAGUUGGUUCGAAAAUCAUACCAGGCUCUGGCUUUAUGGAAGCUUCUUUGUGAACAUCAGUUCACUGUCAUUGUAGGAGAACUUCAGAAGGAAUUUCAAGAGCAGCUGAAAAUCACCACCUUUAAAGAUCUGGUAAUCAGGGACAAGGAACUGACCGGGGCAUUAAUCGCUUCUCUUAUCAACUGCUACAUAAGAGAUAAUGCUGCUGUUGAUGGCAUUAGUUUACACUUACAGGAUAUCUGCCCACUUCUGUAUAGCACUGAUGAUGCAAUUUGUUCUAAGGCAAAUGAACUCCUCCAGCGUUCCCGACAAGUUCAGAAUAAGAUUGAAAAGGAAAGAAUGUUAAGAGAAUCCUUAAAGGAGUAUCAGAAAAUCAGCAAUCAAGUGGACCUUUCCAAUGUUUGUGCUCAGUAUAGACAAGUCCGUUUUUAUGAGGGUGUAGUGGAGCUCUCUCUUACUGCUGCAGAAAAAAAAGAUCCUCAGGGUCUUGGACUUCAUUUCUAUAAACAUGGAGAACCAGAAGAAGACAUCGUGGGACUGCAGGCUUUCCAAGAAAGAUUAAACAGUUAUAAGUGUAUUACAGAUACGCUUCAAGAAUUGGUAAACCAAAGUAAGGCUGCUCCUCAGUCUCCCAGUGUACCCAAAAAACCUGGGCCUCCAGUAUUGUCAUCUGAUCCCAAUAUGCUGAGUAAUGAAGAAGCAGGACAUCAUUUUGAACAAAUGCUUAAAUUAUCUCAACGAUCCAAAGAUGAGCUCUUUAGUAUUGCCCUUUAUAAUUGGCUAAUACAAGCUGAUCUUGCAGAUAAGCUAUUGCAGAUUGCUUCUCCAUUUCUGGAGCCACAUCUAGUCCGAAUGGCCAAAGUUGAUCAAAACAAAGUUCGUUAUAUGGAUUUACUAUGGAGGUAUUAUGAAAAGAACAGAAGCUUUAGUAAUGCUGCUCGCGUCCUGUCCAAAUUGGCUGACAUGCAUAGCACAGAAAUUUCACUUCAGCAGCGACUAGAGUACAUUGCUCGAGCCAUUCUUAGUGCCAAAAGUUCUACUGCCAUUUCAUCGAUAGCUGCAGAUGGUGAAUUCCUUCAUGAAUUAGAAGAAAAAAUGGAAGUUGCUAGGAUCCAACUUCAGAUACAAGAGACACUACAAAGACAGUAUUCCCAUCAUUCUUCUGUACAGGAUGCAAUUUCUCAGUUGGAUUCUGAGCUAAUGGACAUAACUAAGCUUUAUGGGGAAUUUGCUGACCCGUUUAAACUUGCAGAGUGUAAACUUGCAAUAAUUCAUUGCGCUGGUUAUUCAGACCCUAUAUUGGUGCAGACACUUUGGCAAGAUAUCAUAGAGAAAGAAUUGAAUGAAAGCGUGGCACUGAGCUCCUCAGAUAGAAUGCAUGCCCUCAGUCUCAAGGUUGUGCUCCUGGGCAAAAUUUACGCUGGCACACCUCGCUUCUUUCCUUUAGAUUUUAUUGUGCAGUUUUUAGAACAGCAAGUUUGUACUUUGAACUGGGAUGUAGGUUUUGUAAUACAGACAAUGAAUGAAAUUGGAGUGCCAUUACCUAGACUAUUAGAAGUAUAUGAUCACUUGUUCAAGUCACGGGAUCCAUUCUGGAACAGAAUGAAGAAGCCACUGCACCUUUUGGAUUGUAUACAUGUACUAUUGGCAAGAUAUGUUGAGAAUCCUAGCCAGGUUUUAAAUUGUGAGAGGAGAAGAUUUACAAAUCUGUGCCUGGAUGCCAUUUGUGGUUAUCUGGUUGAGCUUCAGUCUAUGAGCUCUUCAGUUGCAGUACAAGCCAUCACGGGAAAUUUUAAAUCUCUUCAGGCUAAACUAGAACGGCUUCAUUAAUUAUUGUAGUGUAUUGUCAUCCAUGCAUUUUAAUCUGUAAAAUAAAAGCUCAGCUGGGUCUGGA